UUUUUGGAUUCUAGGAACAUUUCGUGGUUGGACUAUAGAAAUGCCGGGACGGUCGGUCCCUGGUCAUGGUCCGGGAAAAACCCGCGCGGACCUCCAAAAUUAUAGUUUUGUCGCAACUUGUUGUUCGUCGAGGAGGGGGCGACGGGCCAGAUGCGCGAGACGCGCCAGGAAGUCGGUCGAGCAGGCGCGGGAGUGGCAGCGCCAGAUCCGGGGGGAGAGCCGCCAGCUGGAGCGCGACAUGGGCCGGAUCCGCCAGGAGGAGGCGAAGCUGAAGCGGGAGAUCACGCAGAUGGCGGGCAAGGGGCAGAUGCAGAUUGUGAACACGCUGGCGAAAAGCAAGUGGUUAAAUCCAGGAAGUCGAUCGCUCGCCUGGAGCAGACGAGAUGUUCGCUUAACGCCCUUAACCUCCAGCUGACCACCGCCAUUGCGUCGGCCUCUGCGUCCAGCGCCAUGAAGCUGUCCGCCUCUAUGAUGAAGGAGAUGAACCAGCUGGCCAGCAUGCCCGAGCUGCAGCGGACCAUGCAGGAGAUGCGCACGGAGAUGGCGCGGGCGGAGGUGGUGGACGAGAUGAUGGAAGAAUUCCACGAGGUGUCCGACGACGAGCAGGAGAUAGAGGCGGAGCUGCAGAAGGUCAUGGACGAGCUCGUGCUCGACCGCGCCCAGCUCAUGGGCGGCGCCGCCGCGGGGCACGGCAUGGCGACCCCGGCGUCCGGCACGCCGGCGGACGCGCUGCCGCCGCGCGCGGCGCCCGGCGCGGGGCAGCCCCUCCAGGAGCGGGUGCCCUCGCUGCAGCCCAGGUAGCGGGCAGGGUGGCGGGCCGCUCUGGCCGCGCGGCUGGCCGCCCCGCGCAGCACCGCUCGUCACGAGCCGCUGCUGGCGCUGCCGCCCCUGCGUCCCCAGGGCGCGCGCGGUGUGUUCGUGCAGCUGCGGGCGGGAGGGCGGCGCAGCCGCAGCGGCAGCGGCGCAGCCGCGGGCAGCUGCAGCUGCAGGCUGCGCAGCGCAGGGCGCAGCCUGCACCUGCAGGCUGUGCUCGUGCAGCCGCAGCUGCGGCGGCGCCGCGCAGGCUCCGCCUGUGCAGCGGCCCGCGGCGGCGGGCGCCGUGCCCCCACACGGCAUGGCGCGCGCCCGCGCGCGCAGGC